AUGGAAAACACUGUGUCAACACUGGGUUCUACUGAGAGCUACGUUACGGGUGGAUAUCCAAAUGCGGACAUUGUUACGCUCAAGUCCCUCCAUCUCAAGAGCGAAAUUAAUUGUUCGUUGUACUUAGUUCGUAUUCAGAUCCUUCAUUUAGUAGAAGAUUCCAAUUUUGGGAUCGCAUCCGUAUUUUUCUACAAUAAAUCGCUUCUCUCACAACUCAUGCUUUCUACAAGGGUAUAUUUACUUUCGUUCUUGCCAUGGCCUCCCGGGAUUGUAAUCGUAAUUAUUCCUCGGAUUCAGCGUCCGACUCGCUUCUCCCAGCUUUCGAGCUCGGUUUCCGGAACGGGAGUUUCUUUCUUAGAUAUGACCAAUGAUCUUUUGCGUGGUACCACAGGGUUCCUAAUAGUGUUUAGGUCACGUAAGCGAAAGUUCUACCUACGAUUACUCACGUUACUCACUUUUUCGGAGAUUUCAUCUAUGGCGGAUGAAGAGAGUUUAUUCGGCUUCAUUAACACCGCUACCUAUUCCCCAUCGUCAUUGCCACAACUCUCAGUUUUGCUUUUAAGCAAAAAUGUCGUUCCAUUGCGAAACACAUACACGCAAUGUCACCACAGCACGAGACUUCUUCGACCAUCGUUGAAAGCGUUUGUUUCACGAUCAAGUAAUUUUCGUCCAAUGCCCCCCGCCUCUGAUCUCUUGACGUCUCAACUAACCGUUGAGCCCAGUGAUAGAGUGGCUCGCUCAUCGACCUCAAGGAGGUUACCACAAAAGAGCGAGCUUGCAAAGGAUAAGGCAGCUUCUGCGCGAAACGAAGUGAGCGGACUAGCAAACCUCACUAAAACGCCCUCGCAGCAACCACGCAGAAUUUUUUAA